GGCUUCCUCUCAAAGCUGGAAUUUGCACGCCCCUCUCUUCCCAAGAAUAAGCACCGUUCAUAUUUCAUAACACACACCAAUUUAGAAUCAUAAAACCUUUAUUCUGUUACCCCUUUUCUUUCCAUUCACAUUCCUCUCUCUUCUCUUCUCUUCGUUCCUCUUCCUCCUUUUUUUUUUCUCUCAUACCCUCACCAAAUGUAAAGAAGGAUUUUUUUUGUUUCAUCAAAAGUCCUUCUAACAAAUUUCAGGUGCGGGCCACGAGCACUUUCUUCUUCAAAUCCAUGGAAAAGUAACAAUAAAACCAUGUUUAUUUAAUUUAAGCAGAGAGUGAAAAGAAAGGAGAAAAAGGAAGAGAAGAAAAAACAAAGAAAUGAAGUCAAAGGGCAAUCAAGGAAAAGAAUAUUCAAGCGACGAUGAGGUAUCACCAAGAGCAAUACUAGAAGCCCCUGUUUAUGGAACAGAAUCAGACAGCAGUGGAAGCAACAGUUUCAGCUCAUAUUCACCGGAUAAUUCACCGCCGGUGGAAGCUGCGGCGGAGGAAAAAUUGGGCGGUAAAGAAACUCAGGUGCAACAAUGGAAAUCAAUGGUUGAUGUUUUCAAGUUCAAAUCAGUGAAAAAAUUAACAGCAAUUCCUAUGCUUGUUGCUGUUAGUCAUGAAAUCACUAAGAAGAGUUUGAAUAAGAAAUUAGCUCGAAUUCGAAGUGCUGAAGAAAGUAUUGAUAUUGGUGCUAUUCCUACAAAACCUUCUUGGAGGAAUUUUGAAUAUGCUGAACUUGCAGCUGCUACCAAUGAUUUCAGUGAUGAUAACUUGGUUGGAAAAGGUGGUCAUGCUGAAGUAUACAAAGGAAACUUAUCAGAUGGUCAAGUUGUAGCUGUAAAAAGACUAAUGAAAAACGACAAGGAUUUUGCAGAUAGAGCAGGCGAUUUCUUGACAGAACUUGGAAUCAUUGCACACAUAAACCACCCGAAUGCUACGCGCCUUGUCGGGUUUGGUAUCGAUCGUGGCCUCUACUUUGUCCUACAAUUAGCUCCAUAUGGAAGUCUUUCUUCUUCGCUAUUUGGUUCUGAAUGCUUGGAGUGGAAGGCAAGGUACAAGGUAGCUAUUGGAGUUGCAGAAGGGUUGAAUUAUCUUCAUCAAGAUUGCCCGCGCCGAAUCAUUCACAGAGACAUCAAAGCCUCCAACAUAUUGCUCAAUGAAAAUUAUGAAGCUGAGAUAUCAGAUUUUGGACUUGCAAAGUGGCUCCCAAAUAGUUGGACUCAGCAUGUUGUUUUUCCUAUAGAAGGAACAUUUGGUUAUUUGGCUCCUGAGUAUUUUAUGCAUGGUAUUGUGGACGAGAAGACUGACGUAUUCGCGUUCGGGGUUUUGCUAUUGGAGCUCAUAACCAGUCGUCGUGCGGUUGAUUCGGAUAGUAGGCAAAGUCUUGUGAUCUGGGCCAAGCCACUGCUUGACUCAAACAAUGUCAAAGAACUAGCAGAUCCAAGAUUAGAAGAGAAUUAUGAUCCUACUGAAAUGAAGCGUGUCAUGUCGACGGCUUCCUUGUGCAUCCACCAUUCAUCUGCCAAACGUCCAUUUAUGAACCAGGCUGUGCAACUGCUGAAGGGUGAGGAAGCAAUUGUAGAUUCUAAGCAAAAUUCAGCUGCCUCAAAAUCAGUUAUAGUAGGGGCAUGUGACUUAGAAGAAUAUUCUUGCUCAAAUUACUUGAAGGAUCUUAACCGCCAUAGGGAACUAGUGAUGGAAUGAUUCAUUAUUAGUCCAUCCUAUGUGCUGUGUAUUGGAUUUAUUUGUUCCACCCUCUUUGCUAUGGAAUGAUGAUUGUAGAAGUUUGUGUGUGUGUGACUGAAAUCUGAAGUCACAGGCUUGUGUUUUUGUUCAAGCUUUGUAGGCUUGUAAUUUAUAGCAUGAACCUGUAGGGAACAUGAAUAAGUCAUGAACCUGUAGGGAAGCUUCAAGCAAGUCAUAGUUUGUGGCUUUAGGCUUUAGAAAUGUUUGUACUUUUUUUUACUCUACAAUGUCAUUGUUUCCAUCCCAAGUUAAUCAGUAAUCUAUAAUUCCAUGCAUUUUGUUUCCA